AUGAAGCUGGAAAAUUAUCCAGAUAAAACUUACUUCUCGCCAAACAUCCUUGCCACUAAGUUGGAGGCGGUGGAGAAGAACUAUUUCGACGACGAGUUUAUGAAAUAUUUCUGCUCCAGGAGUCACGGCAGUACCUUAGGAAGUCUUUUUAACACCCUGAAGGUUUUAUCAAUUCGAUGGAUCAUCGAGCGAUUUCUCACGUAUUUUGAGGGUGAAACAGUGCAAUUUGUUAAUCUUGGCUGUGGUUUGGACACGCUGUCACUGUGGCUACUAUCAAAAUACUCAAUUGUUGUUUGUUUUGAUCUGGAUCUCGACCAUGAAAUUCAAAAGAAAAUUCAUAUUCUGACACAUACCAACGAACUUUUAACACUUUUUCCAGAGUAUAAAGUUGACUCCUCGUCGUUCAGCUCAAAGCACUUUCACGCCUUAGGAUGUGAUUUGAGGGAGGUGAGGAAUUUGGAGAGGCUACUGAGUCACGGCUUUUCUUAUGAUUUACCAACGGUUUUUCUCAGCGAAUUCGCUCUCACUUAUUUAGAAAAUCAUCUGUCAAAUGAGGUAAUAAAAUGGUUUGGUGUGAAGAUGAGGAAGAGUUCUUUAUUUAUUUACUCCGAACAUACAAGGCCGAAUUCAUGUUUUAUCAAGUGGCUUUACUCGAAUUAUUUCACUGGAAGAUCAAGAGUUUACUCGCCAUUCCAAUACCCAACUCCACAAUCCCAAGUUCAACGAUUUAAGGAGCUGGGCUGGGACGAUUCGUUUAUUUGUGACUUAACAUUUGUCUACAAUCACAUGUUCAACCCUCAACAAAAACAACAAUUAACCGAAUUGGGUGACUUGGGUGAUAAAGAAUUGUUAUCUUUAACCUUGUCCACUUGUGUCAUUGGAACAGCUCAUCGUCACUGCGAUCCAUCAUUGGUCAGCUCAAUUUCCGAACUCUACACUCCAAAAUCUGACUCUGAAGAAAAUUUGUUACCAGUGUUUACAGAAUACUUGGAACAGGAACAUAAUCUCAAUCCUCUACUCGAACCCUUCAACCGAUUCUUUCAUCUUUCUUAA